GCGCACGAGCUUCUCAAAUCUCAAGAAGAGGUGCCAGCAAAAGUGACGUCGAUGACGGCCGGGACCAUGCGUGUGCUCGGCGGGGAGGUGAGCCCGUUCACUGCACGGGCGCGCCUGGCGCUGGAGCUGCGCGGCGUGGCGUACGAGCUCCUGGACGAGCCGCUCGGCCCCAAGAAAAGCGACAGGCUCCUCGCCGCCAACCCGGUCUACGGCAAGAUCCCCGUGCUGCUCCUCCCCGACGGCCGCGCCAUCUGCGAGUCCGCCGUCAUCGUCCAGUACGUCGAGGACGUCGUGCGGGGAACCGGCGGCGCCGAGGCUGGCGGCCUGCUGCUGCCGGACGACCCAUACGAGCGCGCCAUGCACCGCUUCUGGACCGUCUUCAUCGACGACAAGUUUUGGCCGGCGCUGGACGCCGUCUCGCUGGCGCCGACCGCGGACGAACGCGCGCAGGCCGUGGUAGACACCCGCGCCGCGCUAAACCGCCUGGAGGAGGUGUUCAAGGACCGCAGCAGCGGCGCGGCUUUCUUCUCCGGCCGCGACGCGGCGCCGGGCCUCCUGGACCUGGCACUCGGCUGCUUCCUGCCGGCGCUCAGGGCCUGCGAGCGUCUCCACGGCCUCUCCCUCAUCGACGCGUCCGCGACGCCGCUCCUGGACGGGUGGAGCCGGCGCUUCGCCGCGCACCCCGCAGCCAAGCGCAUCCUGCCGGACACGGACAAGGUGGUGCAGUUCACGAAGUUCCUCCAGGAAAUGUUCGGGGUCCACGUGUCAUGAAUGAUUUAGCGCCUCUGCUGCUCUUCUGUUACGCGUUAUACUAUGUUCAUCCAAUUGUUUGUGUGACGUGUCUUAUUUUAUUAAUUUGUGGUAUUUGUACACUCGUCCUACAUUGUCACCGCGUAUAAAUAAAUGAAAGGAAAGGAAAGGAAAUUGUCAAUGCAUAUUUUGAAAUGUGAUUGCAACAAAGCCGGAUGCUU